UCGACCUCAUCUUGCACUCGGCCUCACGCCAGCAUGAGCGCAUCCCCCAAGGACCGCUCCUCGCGCAAUGCAUCGCCGGUGCCGCGCCAGGGCGUCAGUCCGCUGCUGCUCCCCACUCGAGCGGGAUCGCUUUCCAAGGAAGAGCCGCGUCGCUCGUCCGUUCAGUUCCUCGCGCAUAGAAAUUCGUCGUUGCCCCGGGGAAGCCCGAAGCCGAAGCAGAGGCGCAGGUUGUCUUCGCCGCCUCCUCCGCCGAACUUCCAACCCCGUGUCUCGUUCGACACGUUCGACAAACCAGCGGAUUUUAUAGAAGAGAGCUCUUUUACCCUGAUAGCGAAACACAAGGACUACGAGUACACGAAGCGGUCCAGGACAUUCUUGUGUGGUUUCGACGAAAACGAAUACUCGACCUAUGCGCUUCAAUGGCUCAUCAACGAGCUUGUGGACGACGGCGACGAGAUCGUGUGCCUCCGAGUUGUAGAGAAAGAAGACACCAUCGCAGGCGACCGCAGUGUGGAGACCGGACGAUACAAGAGGGAGGCGGAUGCAACAAUGCAAGACAUACAAAGUCGAAAUCACGAGAACAAGGCCAUCAAUCUGAUUCUGGAGUUCUCGGUCGGCAAGGUGAAUAAGAUCAUCGAUGACAUGAUCAACCUAUACGAGCCUGCGAUACUAGUCGUCGGUACUAGGGGUAAGAGUCUAGGCGGGUUCCAAGGUCUGCUUCCGGGUAGUGUGUCGAAGUACUGCCUGCAGCACUCCCCAGUUCCUGUCAUCGUUGUGCGCCCGUCCUCGAAGCGGGACAAGGCACGCAGCAAACGCGCAAACGAUCCUUCCAGAUCUGGCUACCAAGAGAUGCUGGCGAAGAGCGACACUCUCAUCGAUGUCACCACAAGUCCUGCUCCAAGCCCACGCGCAAGUUUCGUUGCGAGCGACGAGCAGGCUGCCGCGGUCACGGCGUCUCUCCAGGUCCAGAGCGUGCAAUAUACACAGCCUGCCGAGCCAUCACCAUUGGCUCAAGUACACCACCCCGAAGAGAGCGAGGACGAAAACUUUGAGAAAGAUCUGCGAAGUCCAGGAUCGCUGCUCAAGAGCCCUGAGCUACAGAACCUCGACAGUCCCGACAUCAGCAGCGACUCGAGUAGUGAUGACGAGGAUGGCGAGGGCGGUGUCACAACACGGACAAGA